AUGGAAGAAGAAGACUCUGACUCCGAUUGUACCGUGCUGCUGACAGACUUUGUUGACAAACCUCAGAAAGUCGACGCAAAAAGGCGGAGGUUGAGCCAAUUACAAGAUAGGAGCAAGCACGCAGACCAACAUGACGAAAACACAGCACGAAAUGAUGUAACUCAAAAUAUACACACAGGUUUACCAAAGAAGAACAUUGAAAAGAAGUGGCUUAUAAAUAGAUAUUUAUCAAGCAUCUAUAAGACUAAUAUACGUAAUAAUGACCCUGAUAUUCGAGGGAAUGAAUAUUUGAACGAAAAUGCUCCUAUACCUCCUAACGAUAGUGUGAUAUGCCUGGAUUCUGAUGACAAAAUGACUAGCAAUGAAAAGUCUGAAAACCAAGACAUGAAUAAAGAUGAAACUGGGACUUCUUCUGUUAAUGAUCGCUUACAUGAAAGAAAAUUAAUAGUGCUCAAGCCUGCUGUGAUCAACGCUCGAAGAGCUACUAUCGAUGUUAUUGAAAAUAAUCAAAUGCUUUCUAAUGACAAUGUGUCACAAAAACUAAAAGGAAAUGAACCUGCCAGACUUGAACUUUUCAAACCGUCUACAAUUAAUGCACGAAGAGCAACAACGCAUUUUGAAGAAAAUAAUUUAGAAUGUAAUUCGAGCAAUGGAAAAGACAACAUGUCGAAAAAUGAUAAAAUGGAAAGUGGAAAUAAUAAACGAAUUGAUAAAGAUAUUUAUAGAUUUAUAUCUCCUAAAUUGUCUCCAUUAGAAAGUAACAUCCGUAAUACUACCAGUAGUACUAGUUCAGACACAAAUGCUGGUAUAUGUGUUACGACAGGGGCUGAAAAUUGUUUAACAUCCAUUCUAACCGUGUCAAAUAACAAGUUAAAUAUCGAUAUUUCCGAUAGUACUAUCAUAGUUAAUAAAGAUUUCCAACAAGAUACAGAAAAGAAAACAGUUUCAAACGUAAAAGCAAUCAAGCGAUCCGGUAAUAAUGAAACGCAAAUAGAGCCAAAACGCAUCAAAAUUAAUUUGAAGCCAAAAUGUUCAGUCAAACAACAUGAAGAUACUGAACAGAUGCUUAAUGAAAAGUGUAAACCUACUGAAGUGUGUGAGGAAAUAAAUAACGAAACUAACGAAGAACACGUGUCACAUGAUAAAGCAAUACAUGAUACAAUUAGACCUGCGAAAUGUUAUGGGCAUAAUGAAAACAAAUCUAGCUUAAAAAACAACGUAUGCGAAGCAGAAAAGAAGCUGGAAGAAAAUAUAUUGCCUGACAAAGAAGAAAUUAGCAAAGUACAAUAUAAGCACGUAAUAAAUGUAGCACCUACAAAACCACUAUAUCAAAAUACGAAUGCAAAAAAUUACCCAGAAAUAAAUCAAGUACCUCGUGUACAAGAAAUGUGUGAUCGUGAUAACCAAGAUGGAAGCAAAAUGCAAGUAAAUCGAGAUGCAAACAAAAAAGCAGAUAAACUCGAAACAAGUGAAUAUGUUCUAGAUAAAACAAUUGCGAAUAAAAUAAGUAAAAAUCAAAAAACAAGCCAAGUCGUUGAUGAAACAGCACAAACUGAAGCAAACACUGAGGCAAAAACCUUUGAAGAUAGAGAUUCAGCAAAUGAAGCAUUAAGUACAGGUGCUAUCAAAAUACUAGACAAAACAACAGUAGGCACAACAAACGAGGCGCAAGAAUCGACACAAGUACAAAAUGAGCUCAAAACUAUCAAAGUUCAAAACAGGCAAAUAAAAAGCAUAGCAUAUGACAAACAUGAAACAAACAAACUACAUGAAGAGCAAAGAACAAUUGAAACACUCAAUAAAGAAGACAAAGAAGAAGAAACACGUCAAGUAAGCGGUGAACAAACUACAACUGAAUCAAACAGCGAGCAAGAAACAGAUCAGCCAAAUAAGACACGAAGAGAAGUGAGUCUCAAUCUUGGUGCUGAAGAAGAUAAACGUAUUUUGGCAUUCCAAGUAUUCUUUUUUACAUACAUUUUGGAAAAUAUCAUAAAAGACGAGUACCCAGAAUUUGGAAUAACACUUAAAAAUAUCAUCGAAACUUUACGUAAUAACGCUAGACAUGGGAUAUUUCAAACCCAUGUGCAGUAUGAUUGUCCUAAAUGUGGCUGUUUAUCUAAUUAUUCGUCAAAUUUGAUCAAUAGAACAAAAUCUGGUGUAAAUAAACUUAACAGCAACGGUUCUCAAAACUGCCGUCUUUGUCGCGGCGUUAGAGAAUUACAUACUUCUUACCUGGAAAAGCACUUCAAUAAAAAAGAUCACAUUGGUAUUAAAAAAGAAGUAGAAAGUACACCGGCGGAAAAAAAACUAGUGAAGCAAAAGAACAAAUCAUUAAAACAGGUAACUGGUAGUAAUUCUAAAGCGGUAUUAGAAGAAAAUGAUAAUAACGAUUCAGUCUCUAGGUCAGUAGAAGCAGACAGAUGUGUCAGUUUAGGUGUUGAUAACGAGAAACAGGCCGACAAUAUUUCGUCAACUCAGAGUGCUCUGGAAACGCAAACAGGGAAUCAUAAUGAUUCAAAGGAAUACAAAAUUAAUAUUGAUACACCCUUCAUAGAAACAUCUGAAUCUGAAACUCAAGGAAAGAUUAAAAUAACUAGUAAUAAUAAGAACUGUAGUACUGAAGAAGUAAAUCCUGUAGUGGUUGUAAGCAAUAGUGGCAACGCAGAUUUUAACCGUGAUGUAAGUUCCGCACAAAAUGACUCUAAUACAGCUGAGAUAGCAUCAAGCGAAUCACCGGCAGACAGAGAGACACAUAUGAAUACUACUAAUUUAAAUAUACAAGAAAUGUCUUUAAAAUCCAAAAGUCAUGGUGACAAUAUAAUAACAGCUAAUCCAGAUGAAUUAAUGACAAAGAGCGAUAACACCAGUAAUGAAGUUGCCAAUGAAAAACCAAUAGACCCGACUAGUCUAAAUAUAUCAAGUGUCGGAGUAGAAGAGAAAGAUAAACACUUUGAAAAAAAGGCACAAAUGAGAAAUGCCGAUGAAGUUCACAAACCCAAUGAAAAUAUAACAAUAUCUCUGAAAGAAAAUCUACAGUUGAAUAAUAAUGCUAACGAGGAAGAAUGUAGCCAUGUAAAUACCCAAGAAAAAGGGAAAACCUUACUGGAUUUAGCGUCCAAAGAAAGUUUUAGGACUGAUAAAUUAAUAAGUGGUGCUACCAUUGCAUUUAAAUAUAUAUGUCCACAUUGCACAAGCACUUAUACACAUCCUUCUAAGUUUCUACGCCAUUUGAAAAACAAACAUAACGCAAGACUCACAAAAAUACCCGAAAACUGUAUUAGACAGCAAUGCCCAUUUUGCAACUACCUUUUAUUUCAAAAGAGUUAUAACAAACACGUUGCGCGUUGCAGGUCUGAAAUGCAUGAAAAUACUAAUAUUAAUAAAGGCGCAAACGAAAACCACAGUAAAAUUAAAAACGUGAGAGCAUGUACUAGCGGAAAGAAUGAACAAGUCGAAACUUCAGAAUCAAUUACAUUUAAGUAUUUUUGCUCUAUUUGUAACGAAACGCUCACUACUGAUUAUGCUGCAGCCAGACAACACAGGACUCAGUUCCAUCCUGAAUUUAAACACCGUCAUAUUAUUAAAAAACAUAGAAUUGGAAUUAACAAUGAACAGGAGGAAAAACAAAAUGAUGACACUGCAGAUCCAGUUGCAGAUAAUGUUUAUAAUUCAAACCCGAACUGCGGGAGUGGAAACGAAGCAUCAGAAACUAUUACCACAACGGCUAUAACCCACCAAACAACCACAAACUCUAGAAAUAGGAAAUCAAGUACCAAUAGUGAUAUGAGUUGCAAUGAGGACGAAGAAUGUGAAAGUGACGAAAGUUCAUCGCACAAUGAUAAUUCGCGUAAAACCAGUGAAACGAGCGACGAAGAAGACGAUGAUAAAAGGAAUGAAAAUAAAACAAAGACACAGAAUACAAGCGGCGAAGGCACAUCUACUGAUAAAAAUGCUCGCAGUGCAAGCAAAAAUCGAACGUACACUUUCAUAUGUGAGUUAUGUAAUCAAAUGUUAUAUUCUGAUUAUGCUAGACGAAAACAUAGGAUUCUUCAACAUCCAAAUAUGCAAGGUAGGCCUAUAUUCAAAAAAAUUAAAAACGUUGAACCGAAGGACAAUACAUUCAAGUCAAAGAAUGAGAGAAAAAAAUUGUUAAAAGAUAAUAAUAGUUCAUCAUCAGACAUGAGAAGAAGAAGAAGAAGAAGUUCAUCAUCCACUGAUAGAGAAAACACUGAUAGUGAAAAACAUGAUAGUGAUUGGAACUCUUCAAUCACUACUAGUACUACUAGUAGUAGUACCAAUGAAAGGUCAGAUAGUCAAAAUACAAGCACCGAUGAAAGUAAUGAUACUGAUGAUGAAAUGGAGGAAGAUUAUGACAGUCAGAAAACAGAUGUCGGGAAAAGUAAUGAUGACAGUAAUUUUACUACUGACGAAGAAAACCUACCAGUUAGUAACAAUAAAACCCUAAACACAUCAAUGCGCACAAGUAAGAAAAGGAAACAACGUUUAUUAAAGUUUGUUAAUGAUUCAACUGAUACGGAUGAAACAGAUAGCGAUCAGCAAGUAGCAAGCGAAGUAAGUGACAACGAAUUAUUAACAGAUCCCAAUUAUCAAUGUGAUAAUAAUGAAAUUGCUUCAAAAAACUUCGAAGAAGAAAGGCUUAGUGACGAUGAAAUUAUAAAAGUGUCUGCACAAAAUAACGACGGCAUUGAACAACAACCAAAUAAUGAAACAAACAAUUUAACUAAUCCUGUUGUCGAUAAAUUAGUAAACGUACGAGACGACCAAGCACAAACUAGAAAAGUAUACUGUAAAACAAAUGAUAGGGAUUGUAAUAUCGAUCCAGCGAUUGAAUCUACCAAUACUACAGUGGUUAGCAAACAGAAUAACACUAAUGAAUUAAGCAACGUGAAACUCUGCGACGAUGAUCGCCACGAGAUAGACCUGAUUGACUGUCUUCUUAAAGAGUACAAUACUCCUAAUGAUCAAGGAAAUGAUUCAUGUGCCGAAAAAGAAAAGAAUGGUAAAGAUAACACAGAACCUGACAUCCAUAACGAUCAAACAGGAGCCAACAUUGACAAUCAACCUUUACUUCCACCUGAAAUCAACAAUUGCUUAGAAAAAAUACAAAUUAUUAAUGUAAGAAGCAUUGCAAAUAAAUUGUACAUUUUCAUAUGCCAAGAAUGCUCUUACGCUACGGACACCUAUGACGAUACCAUACGCCAUUGCCAAAAUCAUUUCAAUCUAAUCGAAGAUCCAGUUACUUAUUGUAAUAUUUGUCAAAUUAAAUACGAUUCGUCUUGCUUUGAAAGACAUGAAAUCUCACAUGACAAAUAUUUGAUAAAUAUCAAGAUUAAAUUCUCAUACCAAUGGCUGUUUUCAAAUUGGCAAGAUGUCUUCGAAAAUAAUCACAUAUUGUUAGGUGAUGCGGAAGAUAUGCAAGUGCAAAGCAUAUAUAAGACACAUUGCGUUAAAAUGACUGUUAAAGAACAAGGGCCAUGGCAGUCUGCUCUAUAUUUAUGUGCUAAGUGUAACAUUUUCGUGCCACCUUCAGAUAUAGAGAAGCAUUUGCAGGAAAAGUGCACUCUUACUUAUUACGCGUGCCCCAUAUGUCACCGCAAAUUUUUGAUGCAUGAAAUGCGAGAGCACCACAAAAUCUACCAUACUGAUGAGGUUACUCAACCAUUUAAAACUAUUGUAUUUAAUGAAAAAAAGGAUGAACUCUUUAAUUCAACAUUGAUUAAAAUCAAGUUACAAUUAACGCAAAAUAAAGAAAAACGACUAAAUGUUGAGAUCUACAAAUGUAUAUGCGGCCUGUGUUUCAUAACGUUAAAACAAUUCAAAUUGCACUUUGUCGACUGUGAAUCAGAGACGAACGAUGGAGUGCAGUGUACGAAGUGUUUACGGCGGUUUCUACCUUCAGAUUUAGAGAUACAUAUGUCACUUCACCAUUCUGCAAUAAAAUAUGAAUUCAAAGUACAAAAAAUCGCCUUCCAAGAAGAACAUAACAGUUCUGAAUCACUAGGAUCUACCACAGAUAAUAAUGUUGAAGACUUAAAUAUUAAAAACGAGAUGUUAAAGGAUGAAACAUUAUCACAAGGUGACAUAAAUAUUGACCAGGAUGAUUCAGAGAUUUUAAGUUCAUUGGAAAAUGCAGUUCAACAAAUGUCGAUUGAUACAGAUUCAAAUAUUAAUAGACAGUUGACAAAAGAUGAAUUAUUGUCACAAAAUACCAAUGACAAUAUAGAUAUUGUAGAAGAAAAUCCGAUACACAUAAUGUCUACUGUUGAUGAUGUAAUUUUAAAUAGGGACUUGGUAAAGGAAGAUAAUAGUCAUAAAACCCUGGAUAUUUCUGAAGAGAAUUUAGUAAACAAAAGUACAGUAGUUAAUGCAACACAAAUAGGGUCUAAUGUUGAAGAUUUAAAUAUUAAACAAGAGAUGCUAAAAAAUGAAGUAUUGUCACAAAAUACUAUUGAAAAGGACAUACAAGAAUGCACAAAAGUUUUCGAAGAACAUUUGGAGACUAUAGGUUCGGAACAAUUAAUGGUUAUUCAUGAAGAUUUAAAUAUAAAGAAAGAAAUGUUAAAAGAAGAAUCAUUUUCACAGAAUAGUAAUGCAGAGAAUAGUCAAGAACGUCGAGAUGCUAUCGAAGAUAAUUUAGGGAACAAAACUGCAACAGACUCUGCUCGAAUUAAUUUUAAUAAUGAUGAUUUAAUAACUAAAAAAGAUAUGCUGAAAGAUAUAACAUUAUCAGAUAAUGCAAUUGAUGAGGAAAAGACAGAAAUAUCUGGAAAACCUUUACAGAAUAGAGGUUCAACACUUAUUCGACUUGUUGGUCAAGUUCACAAUAUUGAAGGAGACAUGUUAAAAAACGAAUCUACGCCACAAAAUACUAAUAAAGAUAAUCAAAACAGUCUACAUAUUGAAGAAAUAGAGAACAAUAAAGAAAAUCAAACGCAAACGAUGUCUUCUAAUGAAGACGCAAAUGUUCCAAGUCACUCGUUAAGAUCACAAGUAAAUAAUGAAGAGGAAAAUUUGGAAAGCGAAAAUGCUGUUAAGGAUAAUUUAGUAAUCGAAAGAGAAAAUUCUCGAAUUUUGGAGACUGAAGAUGCUAUUGUUAUAGAAGACUCGGAUGAUGAUGAUGUUGAAUUGGUUGGAGAAGAUGUAAAUGACCAAAGAUUUGCUCGACGUCGUCCGGAUAAUAGUAACAACUUGGAAUUAUAUUUAUGGUAGGGGGGUUCAAGGGGAAAUUUUGGGAGUCACUCGAGCGCGGCAGAUUAAUAAGGGCGAGAGAGGGCACUCUGUACUGUACUCGGUAUGUGUUUUUUUUUCUUUGUAUGGACUUGACCAAGACCUAAGUGACAGUCCGUUCCUAUAUCGAUAAACUGUAUUAUUGAUAUCGAUGCUUUUCCCAUAUACUAUAAGUUCGUUUUUUUAGCAUUAGAAAGAAGGUUAGCGAGCUUGACAUGUCUUUUUAUUAAAAAUCACCAAUGAAAAAUAAGUCUCAGCAAAUAUGUUAGAAUAUUUUAUAAAUUCUUUUGCGAAAGCAAAAAAAGCGUUUAAAAUGGUUUAAAGCGUUUUUCAAUAUCUUUUAAUAAAAAGACACGUCAAGAUUGUUUACCUUCUUUCUAAUGCUUUUUGUUUGUUUUGAAGUGAAAACUUCUUUAGCGGCGCUGUGCACUUUUUGUGAUGGGGAAAAAAUGUUAAACUCGCGACAGGUCACGUGAUCGACAGAUUCGACAGAUUGAAAAUUCGUAAGACGGACACGUGACCUGAACGAAAAACUGUUACAAUGUCAUUGAGUUUUCAUUUCUGCCGGCACUCCCGGAGUGCAACCCGUUGUUUUUUUUUAACUAGUCAGCCAGACCCAAAAGAAUCAUGCCUUUUUUACCAUGUGCCUAAAAUAUUUUUAGAUAAAUAGUAGGUACUUUGUAUAAGUUUUUUAUACUUGUGCCAUGUUUGUAGCAAACAAGCGUAUGGCCCGUCUACACCUUGACAUGUAAGGAUUAGUUACUAAAUAGUUGUAAGUUUUUCAUGUUGUAUCGUUCGUGUAAUUAAUGUUAAUUUUUGUUUGGCCCAUGGUGGACUUGUAGAGAAUGCCUACAGGCAAUAAGGUUACCUUUUGAACACGUUCAAUAGCGGUGUCUUCAAAGAUUUAUUUUUAUUUUAUGACAAUUUUUUUUAUCUAGGUAAGUGAUCAUAUGGAUCAUUUUAAAAUAUGAAAUGAAAUUUUUAUAUUUAUUUGUAGGCCAGUAAUCGAAAAUACUCAGUAGAAUAUGCAAAAAAAAUGCUAACGAUAGUAAAAAAAAAACACGUCUGUCAUCGAAAUUGUUGUUUAAUGUCUAUUAAUAUUACUUACUUACUUACUCCUCUGGCGCAGCGACCCAAAGUGUGUCUUGGCCUCCAACACGACUGCUCGCCACUGAUCCCGGUCCUGCGCCGUGUCUCGCCAGUUCUCAACCCGGAGCUCGCGCAGAUCAGCGUCCACCACAUCCGCCCAUCGAUACCUAGGUCGACCAACCGGGCGGCGUCCUAUCGGUUUUCCCUCAAACGCUCUUUUCACCGCCCGAUCACCUUCCAUUCGCUGAAGAUGGCCGAGCCACCGAAGCCUUUGCGCCUUUGUCACACCAAUGAUGUUUGGUUCAGCAGCUAGUUCUUCAACUUCGGCGUUCUUUCGGAUUCUCCAGCUGCCAUCGGGUCUCUGCGUUGGGCCGAGGAUUUUGCGGAGAAUCUUCCUUUCGGCCACCAACAGCUUAUUUUCCUCCUUCAGAGUUAGUGUCCAGGCUUCACAUCCAUAUGUUAAAAUAGGUCGUAUCACGGUCUUGUAAAUUCGGAUCUUAGUUUUUCUGCUGAGAAGCCUGGGCACCAAGACUUUAUGCAGAGCUGCGCCGCAUCGCAAGGCAUUCUGAAUGCGAAUGUCGAUUUCUUCGUCACGGGUAUUGUUGUCGUUGAUUGUACAACCUAGGUAUUUGAAUUUGGCCACCCCUUUGAACACAGUAUCUCCGACAUGUAGAUCUGCAGGUUUGCCUCGACCGGUUUUAUAACGUCGCAUGUGGAGAUACUCAGUUUUAUCGUGGUUAAUACGUAGGCCUACUUUCAGAGCUUCAGUCUCAAGGGUCUUAGUCGCCACCUGGACCCCUUCUCUACAACUACCCAAUAGAGCCAGGUCAUCUGCAUACCCCACCACCAUAUGCUUUCCGUUUAGCUCUAGUCCAGCAUCCAAAUCUAGAACUUUCCUGAGGACAUACUCCAGCACUAAAUUGAAAAGCAUUGGUGAUAGGGCAUCGCCCUGUUUUAGCCCCGUGUCCACUGAAAAAGCAUCCGUCAGAUCGCCCUGCACCCGUACCUACCUUCAUACUACUGGCCCUCGUUACCGCCUCAACCAUGGUGACUAACUUGUUCGGGAUGUUGAAGUUCCUCAGUAUGGCGUAUAAAGAGUCCCUGUCUAUGCUGUCGUAUGCCUUAGCGAAGUCCACGAACACCAUGUGUACAGAUUGUGCAUAUUCCCAUCUUUUCUCCAUAAUCUGCUUUAGGAGGAAGAUCUCGUCAACCGUACUGCGAUUUCGACGGAACCCACACUGAUAAUCGCUGAGAAUCUUUUCCGCUUUUCUUCCGCUUUCCGCUUUUUCUUUUUUUUUUCUUUUUUCUAUUAAUAUUACUAAUAUUAAUUAAAUCAAGGAAGAAUUUGCUAUUAAUCAUACGUGAAACUGAAACGACUACCUUUUCAAGCAAAUGUGAUAAAAAAGUCUUGGUCGUAAAACGACUGCACGUUUCAACUUGUGAGUUGGAAUUGUUCCUAUUCUAUUCAAGAAUAUUUGGAUGCUAAUAAAUACUAAAUAUCAUAAAUGUAUUAACUUCUUUUCUUUUGUCUUUUUUGUGUAUUCUGUAAUUUGUAUGUUAUAUUGUUUUAUGUGUUAAGUGUUAAAUAAAAUUGCAAUACCCUUACAGGGUGUCAUAUUGUGAAACAUUAUAGGUUUAGAACAUCUUUAUGUAAACCAAUAAACAUAAAAAAUGUUUUACAAAAAAACAGAAUAAACAUAAUUACUUUAAUUAAUUAUAAUAAGUCAUUUGAGUUUUUUGGCGUUUCUUCUCAGCAGCGAUUUUUUAUCGAAGUGCUGCGCUGGUUUGUAAGGAAAGGGUGAUUUAAUUUUUUUAACUAUUAAAUUAUAACAAUGGUAUAUUAAUGUUUUUAAGAGUUUAUUUUUAGACAUAUUACACGACAUAUUGAUAAAUAAUGAAAUAAACGUGAAUAUUAAAAUUA